AUGUCGGCCUCUCCCCCAAAGCAGGAGGGUGUGGAACCAGUCCAGUCGCCUGACGAAGAACAGCCCAUGGACAGGAACACAGAGGAGAACACAGCUCAGAUAGGUUACGAAUUCGAGGUCAAGGAGCAAGACCGAUGGCUUCCAAUCGCCAAUGUCGCGCGAAUCAUGAAGAUGGCGCUGCCCGAAAACGCCAAGAUCGCCAAAGAGGCGAAAGAAUGCAUGCAGGAGUGCGUGAGCGAGUUCAUCUCCUUCAUCACCAGCGAGGCCUCCGAAAAGUGCCAACAGGAGAAGCGCAAAACCGUCAAUGGCGAGGACAUCCUCUUCGCCAUGACGUCGCUUGGUUUCGAGAACUACUCGGAAGCCCUGAAGAUCUACCUGUCCAGGUAUCGCGAAGUAAGCUGCCAACUUUUCCUAUCCUCCCUUUGUCCUUCUUUUGUUGCCUACUAUUUGGCCGAAACGUUUAUCUGA